AUCGAAUCAAAAUCAAACCAUCGUCAAAAUCAAACCAUGAUAUCAAAUGAAGAACCUACUGAAACUGAUUACGAUCUAAUCCCUUCAACCUCAAAACCAACCUCAAAACCUUCAAUCAAUUCUCAAUUCUCACUACAAAAUGGAAAAGUUUUUCAAACAAUUUUCGAAAACGCAUCUGAUUAUGGUUUAAGUAAAUCAGAUCAAGAGCUUUUAUUAGAAGGAAGACAAUUAAUGAUAACCUACACAAGACUAGGGUUUAUAAUAGGAGCCAUGAUCUCACCCCUACCAUUCUUUUGGAAAUCCAAAGCUCUAAUCAAAUCUUUUCCUCCAUUAGUUUCAAACCAAACACAUCAACCUGAUUUAAAAGCUAUUAAAGCUAGGGUUUGGUGGAUAACUCAGUCUGUUGGAUUUACUACUUUGGGAUCGGCUCUUGGGUCUUGGAUCGGGUUUUAUUUUGGUUUGAAAGGUUUGAAUCGCAGGAUUGAUCGGGCGGAUGGGGUUAGGAAUCGGUUUGAAAAGGCUUUGGAAGACGCUUCUGGGAGAAUUGCGGAUGGGAAUGUGAACGCCAAGAGGAGUGGGAGUGGGAGGGAUGAGAAUGAGAAUCAGGAUCAAGACCGAUUUGAAAAUCCAUCAAAUCUUGAUUCAAAUUCAACUUCAACUUCAAAUCCAACUUCAAUCAUCACGACCUCAACUAAAUCAAGAUGGGAAGAACUAAGAAACGAAAAGUUAACAAAACCAUCUAGAUGGGAAGAAAUUCGAGGAACUCAAUCUAAAUCGAAUCCGAUUCCAGAACUUAAUAAACCAUUCCCUACAACAACAACAACAACAACAACAACAAGGAAUAGAAAUCAAGAUGAGAUGGAUACAAAUACGAAAGAAAUUCAAAGGAUCGAAUUUGAAGAGUUAUUGGAAAAAGAAAGAAGGGUUUGUAGUAUUGAAGAUGAAAGUCUGAAGAAUUCAAAGGUUUCUUGAGGUGAUUGGGUCUUUAUAGUAUGAUUUUUUGGAGAAGGGAAGGAUUGGAUUGAGUUUGAAUUUGAAUAAGAGAUAAAAAGAAUAAAAAAGAGAAAUCGAUUUGGAUUAUUAAGGUGAUUUACUUUUACCUGUGAUCUCUAUUUGUGAUUUAUACACUCUUUUGAAGUUUUCAUUUUCGAAGGAUUCAUUUAUCCUAGAGUGUUGAUUUGAUGUAAGUUUCUCAAGUUUGAGCUACGUUUUGAAGUAAAGGAUCAAGAACUCAUUCAAAUUAAUCAAAGCUCAUCUAUGUAAAUCGGAUUGUCAAUAAAAUCAAAUGUAAACCGAUUUUGUAAUCUUACAAUGAUCUUUUUAUUUCG